CGGUUUUGAAAUUCGUUGCCAUAAACAACAAACAUCCAAAUUGUUCGUGAUUUAAUUUUUCGAAAAAUAAUUUUAAAAAUUUGUUUGUUGGAUAAUGUUGAGUCAGUGGUUUCGCGGUCGUCAUCUUGUGGUCCGCUCUGCGCUGUUCAGCCGGCGACGUGUCUCCUCCGAAUCAACCAGUACAAAAGAUGACGUCAUUGUGGACUUCGAAGAUCCCGAUUUGCCGUUGCCCGAGUAUCCCAAGCGACCCGAUGAGCCUUUAGAGACGCGCAAGCAACGUUUGAUGUAUCAAUCACGCAAACGUGGAAUGCUCGAGAACGAUCUGCUCCUGAGCACAUUUGCGCACAAAUAUCUAAAGGAUUUCAAUGCGGAGCAGACAGCGCUCUACGACGAUCUCAUCAAUGGAGUCAGCAACGAUUGGGACAUUUAUUAUUGGGCAACGGGCGUCAAGCAGACGCCCAAGGAAUACGACACGGAGAUCAUGAAGCUACUGAAGUUACACGUUGAUAAUGCAGAGAGGGUCACACGCUUCCGGCAGCCAGAGCUGACCUACUAUCUGAAAUGUUAGGGGUUCCUUAGUUUUUGUUUUCGUGUUUUUUUUUUCUUUUGUUGUUGUCUUUUGUUCUUGUUAUUUCUGUGUUUGUUUGUUUGUUUUUUUUUUUUCAAACGGAAAACGUACACAAGGCGACAAUACUUGCGGCCGCCUUGGAUAUCGUUUUCCCAGUGGCUAAUUCUUACUUUUCGGCUUCGCCCAUUAGGUUUAAGUAGUUUUUGGUUGUGUUUUACACUGGACGAAUU